CUUCUCAGAGAGCAUGAACUGAGUGUCAGGAAACUGAACCCCUCCUGCUAAGGGAGGAAGAAGAAAAGUCCUUUUUUUUGUUUCAUUCCUGCGGCUACUUUCAUGGUGGUGAUGUGUGUGACAUUUGGCGACAAAGGCUUGCUGUUAGUACCAGAAGUGCUCACAUCAUCAGGAAAAUAAUUUUGAAGAUAUAUUUUGCUGAACGGACAACUGAGAACAAUUUUACGAAUGGGAUGAACACGCUCCAGUUGACUGACUACCUGCUGAAAUUUGAAUGUUAAUAUUACCCAUCUGGUACAGUUUCCUAGUGAUGUACCUACUCUCACAAAACCCUAUUUCAGCGUACUUGUCUUGAUUAAAGAAUUCAAAGUGGAGUACCGCAAACUUGAUAUGGAUAAUAAAAAGAAAGACAAGGACAAAUCAGAUGAUAGAAUGGCACGACCUAGUGGUCGGUCAGGACACGGCACUCGAGGAGCUGGGUCUUCGUCAUCUGGAGUUUUGAUGGUUGGACCUAACUUUAGAGUUGGAAAAAAAAUUGGAUGUGGCAAUUUUGGAGAAUUAAGAUUAGGAAAGAAUUUGUACACAAAUGAAUAUGUGGCAAUUAAACUGGAGCCCAUGAAAUCCAGAGCACCGCAGCUACAUUUGGAAUACAGGUUCUACAAGCAGUUAGGAUCUGGAGAUGGCAUACCUCAAGUUUACUAUUUUGGCCCUUGUGGUAAAUACAAUGCUAUGGUGCUGGAACUGCUGGGACCUAGUUUGGAAGAUUUAUUUGACUUGUGUGAUAGGACAUUUUCUCUGAAAACAGUGCUCAUGAUAGCUAUACAGCUGAUUUCUCGUAUGGAAUAUGUCCAUUCAAAGAACUUGAUAUACAGAGAUGUCAAACCGGAAAACUUCUUAAUGGGACGACCGGGAACUCAUACCCAGCAAGUUAUUCAUAUUAUAGAUUUUGGUUUGGCAAAGGAAUAUAUUGAUCCAGAGACAAAGAAACAUAUACCAUACAGGGAGCACAAGAGCCUUACGGGAACAGCUAGGUAUAUGAGCAUAAACACACACUUAGGAAAAGAACAAAGUAGAAGAGAUGAUUUAGAAGCAUUAGGUCACAUGUUCAUGUACUUUCUGAGAGGCAGUCUUCCUUGGCAAGGCUUGAAGGCUGACACAUUGAAAGAGAGGUAUCAGAAAAUUGGAGAUACGAAGCGAGCUACACCAAUAGAAGUGUUAUGUGAAAAUUUUCCAGAAGAAAUGGCAACAUAUCUUCGUUAUGUAAGAAGGCUAGAUUUUUUUGAAAAGCCAGACUAUGAUUAUCUAAGAAAACUUUUUACUGACUUGUUUGAUCGUAAGGGAUAUAUGUUUGAUUAUGAAUAUGACUGGAUUGGUAAACAGUUGCCUACUCCAGUGGGUGCCAUUCAACAGGAUCCUGCUCUGUCGUCAAACAGAGAUGCACAUCAGCACAGAGAUAAGGUGCAGCAGUCCAAAAAUCAGUCGGCAGACCACAGGGCAGCUUGGGACUCCCAGCAGGCAAAUCCCCACCAUUUGGGAGCUCACCUUGCAGCAGACAGACAUGGUGGCUCGGUACAGGUUGUAAGUUCUACAAAUGGAGAGUUAAACACAGAUGACCCCACUGCAGGGCGUUCUAACGCCCCCAUCACAGCCCCGACCGAAGUCGAGGUGAUGGAUGAAACCAACUGCCAGAAAGUUUUGAACAUGUGGUGCUGCUGUUUUUUCAAACGAAGGAAAAGGAAAACCGUACAGCGUCACAAAUGACUGUGGACACUGGAGGUCCAUGGGCAGGCACUGAUGUGUCCAUCUGCUGUCUGAGGACUAGAAUCGUCUCUGUACAUUUUCAAGGACUCACUCUUAGAAACAAAAAAUGUCACACUUUCAUACUUCAUUUUGUUGUUGUCUUAAUUUCAUUUUUGUUCUAAUUUAACUUUAUGGAAGCUUUAAAGUUUUGUCAAAACAUGAGUGCUUUGCCCAUCAGUGAAUGGAAUGGACCAAUGCAGUGCCGUUGAUGUGUACAGUUCUGUAGGACGGUUUUCAGAAGCGCUUGUCCUGUUGUAGAAAGCAGUAUCUUAAGUGUCAACUAAUUCUAAACCUAAUUUGAUUUUUUUAUGUCUUCUGUAAAAAUAUAAUCAGACAAAUUUCUUCCCAGUGGACUGUACAGCAGAGUAAAAUGAUUGCCCAGAUACCGAAACCGAUGUUGAGAAGUUCCUGACUUGUGACACGUGUGUCGACUUCACCGAGACUGACGGUGCUGUCCUGGAGGAGUCACGUUAACGUUCGCCGUGAAGUCAUGGCACGGCCACUGCCCAGCAGCACUGAGGAAAGGGCCAUGUGGCUUUGGCAGCAGCUGGCGAGCGGAGCGAUGGGACGUCCAGGAAACACGAGCUCGGCUGCUGCUGCACCACCGUGUGCAGCAUGUGCUCAGCAGUGGGAAAAGCGCGUUUUUUUAAACAAUGCAAAUAUCUGUAUAAUGUAACUUUAUGCUUCCAGAUAAUAAUGUAUGUUAGAGAGCAAGAAUUGAAUACUUGGAAACUAAGGUAUGCUGGAGUUUAAAGAACUACACUAAGGAAAGGAAAUAAAUGUGAACCUUGUUGCAGUGUGUAAGGUUGAACCCUGAGAAAGUCCAACUGUAGCCUACUGCUGAAUGGCCACAUUCUUCCCUAAGCAGAAACCUUCCAGUGUGCAACGAAAUGGUGUCUGUUUAGUGUGUUGGUCUGUGAUUAAGAAAAGAAAAGGCUCCCAGCAAUAAAACCUGGGCUGCUCUAUUGCCCUGAAUACAUGUUGUGUUCAACCUUGCAGGUUCUCUGGAAUUUUCCUACUCCUUAGGGUAAUUGUGAUCAUUGGAAAAUGCUUUGUUGACGAUGGUCAGGUGCUUUGCCUCCAUAGUCGUUUGAAGUGCCUGCAUAUGAACAAAGUGACAGUUGUUUGAAAAGGAAGUCCGUUCCGCUUUUCAUUUAUGCUCUGUGGUAAGCCAUGAAGACACAGAUACGCUUUUGUCGUAGUCAGCUAGCCAGCAUUUUCAAUAAGAGUCAAAAGGUUUGGCUAGACACUUAGAGGAUCAGGUCUCGUUCUCAUUGUCGUUCGUGACUCGUCACUUCUUCAUGCCGUCUCUCUGUCUAUGUGUGCAUCUCCAGGUAUGCUUAUUUAUUUUUUUUGUCUCAAAGUAACAUUUAAAAUAUAUAUUAAAGUAAGUGAGUCCACAUUUUUUUACUUCAUUAUUGAAUUUACAGGUAUUUAAUUGUACUUUGUAAUUUAUUUUUCUUAUUAGCCAAAAGUUCAAUGCCUUGUUUUUGUUUUCCUUUAAUGAAUUAGGCACCCACAUGAGCAUCACAGAUCAGGAUAUCAUUAUCAUUGUUGGUCUGAACUGUAGGCACUAUCUUUUCUUGAUUUUAAAGACCUACACUCAGCCUGCAAAACAUUUGCUGUAUAAUUUGGUCAACAGUUUCCAUUCUAUCUGUUUGAAUACUGUCAUGAUGUCUAAACUACAGAGUUAAAUACUGAGUUUUUAGUUUUGUAUGCUUUGAGCAAGAUAGAUGGAUGUUUUGGCCAUUAUAAUGUGAAACCACUUCUUUCUUUACAGUAUUUGACCAAAUUUAUGUCUGUGACAUUUGUACAUACAUGUGAUAUCUGUAUUUCGUAUCAUAAGCCUGUUUAGUUUUAUUCUCAGUAGGACUUUUUGGACUGUACAGUGUUUAUAUGAUCUGAACUCCUUAUACAUAAGAAGGUGUGUAUAUUAAUCCAAUUAUGGACUUAAAUAUUUUAAAAAUAUAAAUACCCUUAUUUGCUGCAAAGACCAGUGUGUAGGACCUUUGCUUUUUAGCAAUAUUUUUAAGUGCUCCAUUUUAAUGCCAGAGAGUAAGUCUUUGGUAACACAAACUGGUCAGUAAUAGGCGAUGCAGGUAUGUUCAGGUUAAGCCAACAAUGUUUUGCAUUUUUAUGCUUCUUUUUUGUCAACACUAAUGAAUUCAACAUUGCCUGAAUGUCUGAAUACUGAAACAUGUCCCUGUUUAAAAGUAUGUAACUGAAAAAGAAAUAAAAAAAUAAAGGUAGUUUUUUUUUAA